GUGAAUACUGUUCUCCUCAGUCGCUGUAUAUCCGCUCAUUAUACAGGUUCCGGGGCCCCUGUGAUCCCAGGCAGCUGCCCCGGCCCCUCAGUCCAGUGUGCGGCCCAGGUCUCCCCAGGUAUCCAGGUUCCGGGCGGGGUCGGGAGUUGCAUAAGACUCCGGGCAGAUUGCUGCAGAGUGCGGGGUCUCCUGUCCCGUGUUCUCCUACAGGUACGGGGUCUCCCGGGCCUCCUGACAGGGGACGUGGCCUCAGCGCUGUACAGAAGAGGGGCCCCCGAGGAGACAAGUCUACAGGGUCUCCCCAGCUGACUGGGUGGUUGUGGCCCCUGACUCCAGCUCAUUGUUGGGUUCCCUCUAGAGCCCCCCUGUACCCUGCCAUGGAGGGGCCAGAGGCGGUGGAGGGGCCGCACCUGCUGAACCUGUCCCGCAUGGGCCUGGAGCACCUGAGCCUGGAGCAGGUCCCCGAGGAGCGGAGACGUGACGCCCACCAGCUCUUCCUGCCCCACAACCGCCUGGUGGUCCUGCCGCCCUCCGUGGCCCUCUUCUCCCAGCUGCAGCUCCUGGACGUCAGUAACAAUGGGUUGGCCUACAUCGGGGACGAGAUCCUGGGCCUCAGCCACCUCCGGACCCUGCUGGCCAAGAACAACCGCCUGGACGAGUUCUCCCUGCCCAAGGAGAUGGGCACCAUGAGGCUGGAGACCGUCAACUUCAGUGGGAACCAAUUCGAGGAGCUGCCCACCCAACUGCUCCAGAUGGCGACCCUCAAAACGCUGUCCCUGGGGGGCAACCGGCUGAAGAGCAUCCCGGCCGAGAUCGAGAAUGUCACCAGCCUGGAGUUCCUGUACCUGGGGGGGAAUUUUAUCUCGUACAUCCCCCCAGAACUGGCAAACCUGCGCUACCUGAGCUGCCUGGUGCUGUGCGACAACCGGAUCCAGAGCGUGCCCCCGCAGCUGGCGCAGUUACACUCCUUACGGUCCCUGAGCCUCCACAAUAACCUCCUCACCUACCUCCCCCGGGAGAUCCUGAGCCUCAUCCGCCUGCAGGAGCUCAGUCUGCGCGGGAACCCCCUGGUGGUGAGAUUUGUGCGCGACCUGACCUACACCCCGCCCACCCUCCUGGAGCUGGCGGCACGAACAAUCAAGAGCCGAGGGAUGACUUACUGCCCCCGAGAGCUGCCCGAGAACUUAGUCGGAUACCUCGACCUUGCCAGCAAGUGUCCCAACCCCAAGUGUGCAGGUGUGUACUUCGAUAGUUGUGUGCGUCACAUAAAGUUUGUGGAUUUCUGCGGGAAGUACCGCCUGCCGCUCAUGCAUUACCUCUGCUCCCCCGAGUGCUCGUCCCCCUGCAGCUCCGUCUCCUCACAGAGUGAGUCUGACUCUGAGGAUGAGGCCAGUGUCGCCGCCCGCAGGAUGCAGAAGGUACUUCUGGGCUGAUCGACCUCCAUGGACUUCAGGGAUGGAUGAAGACUUCCUCUCCUUAAUCCAAUGGAUGUGACUCUGUGGGCACCAGGUGGUUCUGACCGCGCCGCGUCCUGCGCCCCCGGCCGCCAUCGUACCUUCACCUCCCACGACUGGGAAGAGACAUAACAGUUUUCGUGGAACCGGUCUCCAUAGCGAUGAACGCCUCAUCAUAGCGGUGCCUUCUGGUCAUGUGACUUUUUCUAUAUCUGAACACCGCUGUGGCUGGGUGACCCCCUUGUAUAGUAUGUAGAUACUAACCUGUAUGGACUACAACUCCCAGCAUGUACUAUAGACUAUGAACUUGUAAUAGACGUGUAUAAGCAGAAAUGUUAUAAUGUAUUGAUCGUCUAUGGGAGUGAUGGAUCCUGCGUCACAGCGCCCCUAGUGGUCAGGAGGUUCAUAUUAGAACUCCACAUUUCAUCCCUACGUUUUUUAUUUUUCUGCGUGACACAGCGCUGGCUGCCAUUAGGGGUGUGGCCUAAUAUUCCUAUUACUGCCCAUAUAUUUAGUGCCUUAAAACGGCCACACCUCCUUACAAUCAAGUGACCCCCGUAUUGACCGCCAUGAUGAUUGACAGCUCGGGUGAUGCCGCCAUAACAGGAUAUGCAAAUAAGAGCCUUUAGAAGGCCCCACCCCCUGUAAAAGUAGCAAUAACUCUAGGGCUCUCCAACCCUUGUGAAACUACAACUCCCAGCAUGCUCUGACAGCUCUGGGCUUUCCAUACAUGCUGGGAGUUGUAGUUCUUCAGCCGCCGGAGACCAGUGAUGGGAUAAAUUCAGUGUCACCUGUCGGACCCAACGCCCCUCCGCGCGCCUGAUCUAAUGGAAACCUUCUUGUACUAAAACCGCCGGCUGAAUAAAGUUGCGUAGAUUUGG